CUGCAUUUAAAAUGAUACAUCGACUCCUCUCUUCAAUUCAUUUUACCAUUGUUUUGUCGACAGAAUUUGUAACUUAAUAAUAAGGAAUAUGGAGUAUAUGAAGUUUGCCACUCUGAUACUGAUAGGAUGCAUCAUCAUCAUAACACAUGCGGGCUGUUGUCUGUCACAAAGUCAUUAUGGCACUGAAUUUGUCUUUGGAAUUCCCCAUAAUCACCACAAUGAGAAUCAGUGUAAAGAAAUAUAUGUAAGCAUAGCUGCAUUUACAACGGGGACUUACAACUUUACCGUGCCGUAUUUAAAUAUUUCGAAAACUGGUACAAUUCAAUCGAAUCUAACAGAAAUAAAACUGAACUGUAGUAUCGCAAAAUUUGGGACGUUCACAGAUCGUCGCGGAUUAUACUUGAAAACUAGCACCGAGGUAGCUGUUUACGCCACUAAUUAUGAAAGUGAUACUGCAGAGUCAUUUCUAGUUAUACCUGUCCCGGAGACUGGAAAACAGUACAGCACAGCCGCGUAUCAGCCAGUUGAUUCAUCUGAGAAUAGAUUUGUUUUGGUUGCAGCUUCAAGUCCCGAGACACAUGGGUGUAUAUAUAACGAUACAAGUGGAAGGUUUGUUACAAAUUUCUCGUUAAAUCCACUGGAGGUGUAUCAACUUUCUACUUCAGACACUUUGCAUGGUAUAAGAGUAAUUGCAGACAAACAAGUUGCUGUUAUAACAGGAACAACAUGUGCAACGAUUCCUCAUAGUAUUUCGGCGUGUGACAUUAUAACUGAACAGAUGAUUCCUACUAAGUCAUGGGAUAAGAUCUAUAUAGCACCCCCAACGCCACCAAAGGAAGCAUAUGAACUCAGAGUCACAAAGACCAAUAGCUCAGUAUCCGGACAAAUCUGCUUUCAUAAUCAAACAAGUUACUAUUGUGGUAACGACUCAACAAUUUCUAUGAGGAUGGGGAACAGACCCACUGUUAUUGUAUCAGAUAAUCCGAUUUCAGUGGUUCAAUUUGGUUUUGGCAAUGGCUAUCCGUUGUCAGGUGUUGGAGACCCGUUUAUGACUGUCAUCCCCGGGCUAGGAAACUUCUUGAAUAAUUAUUCUUUUGCCAUACCAAAUAUUUACAGGAACGCACAGAACCAUUUAUCUAUUAUUAUACCGACAAAAUACAUACAAGGACUUGUUCUUGAUGGACUAAAUUUAACCAUUGCUCAUAACGAUAUGCUCAAUGUCUCGGAACCAUUGGAUAAUUAUACUGUUGUGAUAUUGAACGUAAGCAGUGGAUAUCACCAUCUAUAUCAUACUAAAAACUAUGUCAAGUUUGGGCUUCUUAUUUAUGGACUGGGAACGACAUCAGACAAGUACGUAGGGUUUGGAUAUCCAGGAGGAAUGAGACUGUCAGGGUCUGAUACAUUUACCACACCAACCACGAACAUUGCUGUAACAUCACCACUUCCAGAUGGAAACAAGACUAAUACAGUGCUUAGCUCAACACAAGCAAUUGGAAACAGUAACUUUAAUUUCUACUAUAUUAUGAAAAUAUUGUUUACAGCAUUCAGUGACAAAAAGAAAUAACUGACGAUCACAAGUAAAAUGAGCUUAAGGCAUUAUGCUUUUUGAUAAAUGGAUAUGUCGGGGCAGUAAAUGAUGCCUUUUGAGUGAGGGAAAUGCUCUCAACAUGUAGAAGUCAGUCUCUAAACAUUAUCUCGUAAUAAC